CUCGUGUCCCUCGCUGAGUGUAAACAAGACACUCGGCUCACAGGAAGUCCCUAUCAAGUUCGCCUCAUCCUUAUUGCAGGCACAAUUUCUCCAGUUCUCAUCAAGUGGGCGCCAGAUCUAGACAAGGAUGGCGCCUACCCGGGACAGCAACGUGGUCAAGCUUGCGGUGGAGAUGCGGGCAAUGGACUCCAAGCCUGUGCCCUUCCUUGGAGAGUUCAGUCUACAGGAUCCUCUGGCAGCAUUUAUUGAAGAGCUGUGUGUCCACUGGAAGGUAGAGCAUCCGGAGAACUUUGCACUCCAGUACACGGAGCCAUCUGUCUACUAUGUCACUGAGAAGAAUAGAAGCAAGAUAAAGGAUGGCACUGUGCUCCACUUGGUCUUCUCAGCGGGCAAGACAGCGGAAGAUAUUUUACAGAAACUCCGCAAGACACCUGAGGAAAGAAAGGAUGCACUAGAGAAGCUGGUCCGCAUGAGCAGUGAUCCCACCUUUGCUAACGAGUUCAUUGGAAAACAGGGAAUGAAUUUUCUGAUCACAUGUUUGGAGACGGCCAAGCAAGAAUCCCCCCUGCUGCCUCUCAUCCUCUCCUCAUUCCUGGAGCUGAUGGACCAUGGAAUAAUGAGUUGGGACAAGCUGGAGCAAACGUUCAUUGAAAGAGUUGCCAUGUAUAUUAAUUCCCCCUCGACAAUUGAUGUGAGGACACUCAACUCUUCCCUCACCAUCCUAGAGAACAUUGUCCUCAACAGCCAGAGAAAGUAUACCAUAGUUGAAAAGCAAGUAACCAUUGCCAAGUUGCUAAACCACAUCUCCAGUAAUAAGAAAGGUGAAAUUCAUCAGGCAGUGCUGGCUCUGGUUAAUGCACUCAUCCAGAAGUCAGAGCCUCAGAAGAAGAGGUACUGGAGUGCCAGCCUCACCAGUCGCCAGCACCGCACCAUUAUCUAUAACAAUAUAGUUCUUAUGCACAAUGAGAGCACAUCAAGUGUGUCAGACUUGGCACACCAGCUGUAUGUGCUGGAGCAGCUCCUCCUGAACCAGUAUGAGGAGCGCAUGAACACCUCCAUGGACGUGAAUGACCAGGAUGCAACAGAGAAAAUCAAAGAAUUAAGAAAGAUUGCUUUUGAGUCAGAUGGAGAGGUUCCCUCAGGCAUUACUCCACGAAGACCUGAGUACAAAAAGGAGUACAAAAAAUUGGGUUUCAAAAAUGACAUAAAUCCAGCCCAGGACUUCAAGGACACUCCCCCUGGCAUGCUUGCCCUGGACAACAUGAUCUACUUUGCCCGGAACCACUCAGACCACUAUGCAAAGCUGGUGCUAGAGAACUGCUACAGAGCGGACUCCCAUGAGUGUCCAUUUGGCCGUGCCAGUAUAGAACUGACCAAACUACUCUGUGAAAUUCUCAAGAUAGGAGAUGUGCCCACUGAGCAAGGCCAGAACUACCACCCAAUGUUCUUCUCCCAUGACUGCAUGUUUGAGGAACUCUUCUCCAUCUGCAUUGUCCUCCUUAACAAAACCUGGAAGGAGAUGAAAGCCACUACGGAAGAUUUUAGCAAGGUGGUGAGUGUGGUAAAGGAACAAAUCAAACGCUCAAUAUUCAAGCAACCCUCAACCCUAGAUGAAUUCAGGAAGGAAAUCAACAACCUAACCUAUGCUGGAAUUGCUGAAAUCUGGCGCCAGGAACGACUCAACAACGAGGAGCAGGAGAUGCAGGCGCCUCCAAUCAAGGAGCUGCGCCGCGCCCUGGAGCCAGACAUCCUGGAGCUAAUCCAGCAGCACCGCCUCAGGUUCCUGGUGGAGGGGACCAGGUUCAAGAUUGCCCGAGGAGUGAGGGCAAAAGACAAGUUCAGAUAUUGUCGACUUUCCCCCAACCACAAGUUCCUCCACUACGAUGACUGUGAUGAAAAGUCUGUCCCUAGUUUAGAUGAGCUGGGCAAGAAGAUCAGCAUUGCAGACAUCAAGAGUGUGGUGACAGGAAAGGAGUGUCCACACAUGAAAGAAAAAGCAGUGAAGAAGAAUCCUGUCAACCUGGCUUUCUCUGUGCUGCUGGACAGUACAGGGAUUGGUGAGACGACCAGUGUAGACUUUGUGGCACCAGAUGAGAGGACUUACAACUACUGGGUUGAUGGACUGAACGCCCUCCAUCGCCAGACAAUGCCAAGCCCACAGACUAUAGCAGAUCUGGAAAUCCUCCUUAACAUGGAGAUCAAGCUGAGGCUGCUGGAUGCAGAGGGGGUCACCAUUCCCUCCAGCCCUCCUCCAAUACCUCCUCCUCCUCCUAACUAUUCCUUCUGCUACCAGCUGCCCUAACUGGAGUCACUGUGGUGGAGGCUGUGCAUCCUUCAUUCGGUAAAGUUCCAUGGUGUGCUUUAUGGUGGUAACUUUACAAGACUUUUCCUUCAAACUCUGUACAGUAUUGUAGUAUUUAAUAUAGGUAACUGAAUCUUUUUUACUCGCUCUCUCUUUCUUCUUAAUUUUACAAAUCUUUUAGAUUAUAAUCCCAGUGAAUUAAUAUAAGUUUAUUUUUGUCUUAUUUCUGUGGUAACUGGAUGGAGAAAUUAACCAUAUCAAUAAGUCAUCAAGCCAUUAAAUGAUAAAAAGCCUCUUGCUGGUGACAAAUCUCAAGUAGAGCGUUAGUUUGAGUAUGUCAAACAAAUCAGAGGUGAGGUGUGUGCCACCCCACUCUGACCAACAUGUUCACCUGCAGGUUAUGAAGCUCAAAUAAAGUAGUAAGGAAAUGUGAUGAUUCCCAAGUCUUCAUUUGAACUUACAGUGAAAUUAUGUUACUUUUUUGUUUCACAUGAUAGAAGAUUUCUAAAUUCACUAGAAUUCUAAGUAUAUGCAUUUUAAUGUUGUGUGUAAGACUGCAUACCUCUAUCUAUAGUCAGAGAAUCCUUACAUUAAGAAUCAACUUUCAGAGCACACUAUUCUACUCUUAAGGGAAGGGAACAUAAAUUAUGACAUCAUUCCCUUGUACCACAUGCAUCAACCAUAAUUGUUAUGUUAAAGAGGCUAGUCAUUUUAUUGUUACUUUUAGCCACAGAGAAUGAUAGAAAAAGCUGAUUUUUAAUGGUUAGGGGAUAUUGAGUCAUCUGCCACACCACACUGGCUUAUGGUGUUUUGGUACAAUUGUUCAGAGAAGCUUUAUUGUGAUUCAUUGUUUCAGUCAUUGACUCACUUUGCCAGAAGAACUGGUUCAUUGUAUUGAUAAGAUAAGUAGUUUAUGCAAGUUGGAGUGUGUGCAGCACCUGCUCAGAAGACCUAAACCGUAAAUAAUAUUUUGACCUGCAUUGUGUGAUUGGACAGAGACAGGUGAAACUACAAGGACUUUGCCCUCAAGCUGCUGCUGCUGCUUGCAGGGAAGGUCACUCAUGUGUG